GUGAAAGGCUGACACAAUGGGACACUGAGCUCUAUAUAUGCUUGAGGGUGAAUGAGGGGAUUUCAGAUAAGGCAGCCACGUCUUCACAGAGCGGGUAGAGCUGAGUCGAUGAAAAGCAGAUGGAAGCGAGUAAUGACAACAUAGCAGGAGGAGGAGGAGAGUCUGAAACCAAAUGUGAGACUGAUAAAAAAGACUCGUUGGAGGAGAGUACAGCUGACACCAAGACUGAUCCAAUGAAUGAUGAAGCUCAGCACUCAGAGACGAAGGACACAACCACAGGAGAGGAAACAAAGUCUGCAUCAACUGAAAGCAAAGACAAAACAGUUGGAGAGGUGAAACAUUCAGUUGAAAUCAAGGGUAAUGUACUGACUGAACAAGGUGGAGCUGAACACUCAGAGAAGACUGAUGGCAACAUAAGAAGUGAGGCUGAAAUCAAGGUUUCAUCUGAAACUGAGAAAAAAGAUGAAAAGCAGAUGGAAGCGAGUAAUGACAACAUAGCAGGAGGAGGAGGAGAGUCUGAAACCAAAUGUGAGACUGACAAAAAAGACCUUUUGGAGGAGAGUACAGCCGACACCAAGCCUGAUCCAAUGAAUGAUGAAGCUCAGCACUCAGAGACGAAGGACACAACCACAGGAGAGGAAACAAAGUCUGCAUCAACUGAAAGCAAAGAUAAAACAGUUGGAGAGGUGAAACAUUCAGUUGAAAUCAAGGGUAAUGUACUGACUGAACAAGGUGGAGCUGAACACUCAGAGAAGACUGAUGACAACAUAAGAAGGGAGGCUGAAAAGAAGGUUUCAUCUGAAACUGAGGAAGAAGAUGAAAAGCAGAUGGAAGCGAGUAAUGACAACAUAGCAGGAGGAGGAGGAGAGUCUGAAACCAAAUGUGAGAUUGAUAAAAAAGACCCGUUGGAGGAGAGUACAGCUGACACCACGCCUGAUCCAAUGAAGGAUGAAGCUCAGAACUCAGAGACGAAGGACACAACCACAGGAGAGCAAACAAAGUCUGCAUCAACUGAAAGCAAAGACAAAAUGGAGCCUGAGCUCACACUUGUGUUAAUCGGUGAUACUAAUUCCAUUGAGAUUGGACCAGAAAACAUUUUACUUGACCAUGACAAGCCAACAAAUAUGGAGCAUUUUUCCUCCAAACUGUAUGAUUUGUGUGGUCGGCACAUCUCCGUCAUUAACAGGCUUGGUUUUCCAAACAUUGACAGAAUCCCGUUAAAUCAGGGAAUUCAUGCCUUUGUCCUACUGCUGCCAAAUGGUCUGCACGUCAACCAUUACCACUCAGCAGUGCAGAAGUUAAAAAAAGCUUUUGGCAAAGACGUUCUAUCGUAUGUAAUGACAAUAGUGACUCAUGAGUUGGAUGAAACAUGUGAAAGUGCACUGGAAGACCUUGAAGAUUUCUCCAGUUUUAACAAACAAAGAUUCCACACAUGUAGAAGAAGUAUGACAGAUGAAAGAGAGAUAAUAGAUCUGUUGGAAAAAAUAGACGUCAUGGUCUCUGAAAACGAUCACCACUGCUACACAACACUGAUGUGUGAUGGGAAUAAAGAGCAGAAAGAACAAAUGGAGCAGAAACUCUACAAAGAAGAAACCGCUGGGACAGCUGCAGUCAACAAGAUGGAGAAUCCAGCUGAAUCCAAGUGUAACAUCCUGAAUGAACCUGGCAGCACUGAACACUCAGAGAGGACUGACGACAACACUGGAGGAAAGUCUGACAUCAGCUCUAAUCCAUCUAAAACUGGAGGAAAGAAGAAAGAUGAAAAGCAGAUGGAAGCGAGUAAUGACAACAUAGCAGGAGGAGGAGGAGAGUCAGAAACCAAAUGUGAGACUGAUAAAAAAGACCCGUUGGAGGAGAGUACAGCCGACACCACGCCUAAUCCAAUGAAUGAUGAAGCUCAGCACUCAGAGACGAAGGACACAACCACAGGAGAGGAAACAAAGUCUGCAUCAACUGAAAGCAAAGACAAAACAGUUGGAGAGGUGAAACAUUCAGUUGAAAUCAAGGGUAAUGUACUGAGUGAACCUGGUGGAGCUGAACACUCAGAGAAGACUGAUGGCAACAUAAGAAGUGAGGCUGAAAAGAAGGGUUCAUCUGAAACUGAGGAAGAAGAUGAAAAGCAGAUGGAAGUGAGUAAUGACAACAUAGCAGGAGGAGGAGGAGAGUCAGAAACCAAAUGUGAGAUUGAUAAAAAAGACCAGUUGGAGGAGAGUACAGCCGACACCACGCCUGAUCCAAUGAAUGAUGAAGCUCAGCACUCAGAGACGAAGGGCACAACCACAGGAGAGGAAACAAAGUCUGCAUCAACUGAAAGCAAAGACAAAACAGUUGGAGAGGUGAAACAUUCAGUUGAAAUCAAGGGUAAUGUACUGACUGAACAAGGUGGAGCUGAACACUCAGAGAAGACUGAUGACAACAUAAGAAGUGAGGCUGAAAUCAAGGUUUCAUCUGAAACUGAGAAAAAAGAAAAGAACAAUAGAAUGAAACAUGAAAUGGAAACACUGUUCAGAAGACUUGACCUUCAAGAUCAACAAAAGUUGUCACCUGAAGACCUUCUUCAAAUAGGUCCAACUGUCAAACAGAGCCAGGACAUAUCUGAGAAAGAUCUAGCUAAUAUGUUUCUUCAGAGGUUAAUGAUGUUGGACUAUAAAGCCAGAUACAUUCCUGUGAGACAGUCUGUUCUUGUACUUGAAUCAGAUGACAAUGACUUAGAUGCUCUUUAUAACACAACUGUAGAUGUUGAUCAAUCAAAACAAACCAACGUGCAUCCAAUGGAUGUUCAAAUGGCAGUAUUUCACUGUUCAGACAGCUUCCUUAAGCAGAACAUGAUUACAAAGUUAUCACAGUGUCAGUACGCCUUGCCUUUCCUUGUCCCUAACCCAGACACCGCAACAAUUGAAUGUCCUCUGUGGACAUUUAGGCAAAUAAUAAAGACAUGGAAGACAACUCAAGUCAAAGACGAUUCAAAACUUGUCACCAUGAAGAGUAUGCCCAUCUGCAACGCUGAGACACACAUGGUGUCAUUUUUCCGCCUGGGUUCAGUAUCUGAGUCGAAAUCACAGCUCAUGAACUCUUUGAUCAACGACCGUCACAACACCUUCUUCCACAGAAACUGUCCAGGCAGCACCAAAUCUCGUCAUCUGAUGGACGGUGUGGUAGAGAUUGCCUGGUACUGCCCUGCUGGAAAACCCAAUGAUUCCUUCACUGACUGCAUUGCCUUCUGUAAUCUUCAUGGUGAUGCUCUGAUGAUUGAAAAACAAACUAAAAUACUGACUGAAAUGUCUUCGGUCAAUGUAGUUCUUGUACCAACUCUGGAAAAAAGUCACAGAAGUCAAGCAACAGUCAUCUCAGAUCUUUACAAGUCUGAGAAGCCUCUCAUUAUUCUUACUGCUGCUGAUGAUUGUGAUGCAGUUCAGAUGAAACCAGGAAAGUACAAAAUGGGUCUGAAAGACAGAAGCCAGUCAGAUGUUUCUGAAAGCCUGAAGGGAAUUAUUGGAAAGAUUUUGUCUGGAUCACAAACCUCCUUCCAGCUCAAAUCUAUGGCUAAUGUCUCUGGAAUCAGAGUGGAUGAAGAUGACCCAGUGUGUAAAAAAGGGAAAAAGGCAGCAACAGAAAUAUUUAAUUUGAUUCAAGGAAUGAACAUUUCAAGGAUCAAAGAUACAUUUCUCCCCUGCCAAGGCCAGCUGUGGCACCAGUGGUCGAGAAUAAAAAAAGAACUGUAUCAUCUCAAAGGAAAUGUAGAGAGGGAAAAAAGUCAGAAAAAUCAGCAGCUGAUGAAAGUCCGAAAAGAUCAAUGCUCUGCUUCCUGUAGUGAACUGAUGAAGUCAUUCACUGAAACCCUCAUUUCUUUGUUGUCCCAGGAGAAAGAGUACUUCCUGAAAUGGAUGCAGAUCUUAAUAGAUGCCCUCUGCACAGAUGACCUGUCUUCAAUUCUCCAAAGCUAUGAUGAAAAAUGGUCUGAGGUCUUGGUUCUGAAGAAGAAACACCCCAAAUCUCAACUGUUAGAAAGUAAACAAGAUGAGCUUGAAAAAAUAUCAAAAAAACUGCAGUCAGCAACUUUUGGUUUGGAGCAUAUCUUUAGAGAAAUGGGACAGAUCUAUGAAGCUCAUCAAGCUCUGAAGAAACAACCAAACAGUGGGCAGACCAACUGGUCCAAAUACCCUACACUGGCUGCAGAUCUGAUGAUAUCAGGACGCCCUAUGGAGCUGAUGGAUGGAGAUGCAGGUCAUGUGCCUUUGACAUGGAUCUCUAGUGUUUUAGAAGAAGUCAUCAAGAAACUGGGCGACCAGAGAGUUUUUGUGCUUUCGGUUCUGGGCGUACAAAGCAGUGGAAAAUCAACAAUGCUGAAUGCCAUGUUUGGAUUGCAGUUUGCAGUUAGUGCUGGUAGGUGCACCAAGGGUGCUUUCAUGCAACUGGUCAAAGUGUCAGAGGACAUACAGAAAGAUUGCAAGUUUGACUAUGUUCUCGUAGUGGACACUGAAGGACUACGUGCUCUUGAAUUGGCAGGUAACUCCACUCUUCACCACGACAACGCACUGGCCACAUUUGUUGUUGGCCUGGGAAACAUGACACUGAUCAAUAUCUUUGGUGAGAAUGUAGCUGAGAUGCAAGAUGUCCUGCAGAUUGUUGUCCAGGCUUUCAUGAGGAUGAAGAAAGUUAAGCUUUCUCCAAGUUGUGUGUUUGUUCAUCAGAAUGUUACAGACAUUGGAGCUACAGAGAAAAACAUGGAUGGAAAGAGACGCCUGCAAGAAAAACUGGACCAGAUGGCUCAGCAAGCUGCCAAAGAGGAGGUGUGUGAUGCUGAGUGCUUCAGUGACAUCAUUGCAUUUGAUGUGCAACAAGAUGUGAAAUACUUUGCCCAGCUAUGGGAAGGAAGUCCACCGAUGGCUCCCCCAAAUCCUGGUUACAGUGAGAGUGUCCAAGAACUGAAGAGGAUGAUCCUCACUAAGGCUUCACAGUCUGCUGGAAUCACUCUCUCACAUUUUAAAAGCAAAAUUCAAGACCUGUGGAAUGCCCUGAUGAACGAACAGUUUGUUUUCAGCUUCAAAAACACACUUGAAAUUGCAGCAUACAGAAAGCUUGAGGUCCAAUAUGGGAACUGGACUUGGGACCUUAGGAGCAGCAUGCUGACCAUUGAAAACCAACUUUACACCAGGAUUGAAAAUGGAAAACUUGAAAAGGUUGACCGUACUUACCUUCUGAAAGAAAUGAGCAAAACAUAUGAAAAAAUCAAGAAAGACAUGAGUUCACACUUUGAGGACAACAGAGACAAAGACAUGUUGGUUCAGUGGCAAGGCCGAUUUGAAAUCAAAAUGAAGGAGUUUCAUGAGGAACAGUUGAAAGAAGUGAAAAGGAAACUGGAUGAAGUUAUCCAGCAAAAGAAAGCUUGUAAAAAGCUUGAUGAUAAGAAGCCAGAGUUUGAGAACAAACUGCUACAAAAGAGCAAAGAGCUCGCUCAGCAGUUAAAAGACAAGGCAAAGGAUGAAGAGGAGCUUCAAAAGCAGUUCAACUCUGUUUGGACUGACUGGGUCAGUGAAUUAACUGAAGAUAUAAAACCCAUUAAGGACAUAAACUUGGAAGACGACAAAAUAUUCAUCCUUCAAGAGCUGGGGAUUGAGUGGUCUCUCAUAGAGGAAUCCAACACCAGUGGAAGAUACAAAAAUGUAUCAAAAGUUGGGAAUUACUGUUCUUAUAUAACCUACAAGAAGUACAAGGAACACUGUAACGAAAUCCAACAAUCUGAGGGAGUUGAGAAAGAAACCAAAACAAACACAACCAGAAAAGGAAACAAUUUAUUUUCAGCAGCAUUAAAAGCUGGUUUAGACUUGGCUCAACAUUUUUUUGGAUUUGGCUCAAAAAAAGAACAAAAUGCUGGACAAAGUAAAUUGAAAGGUGCUUUUCCUCAUGAAGAACAGGAAUUGAUCAGAACCUUCAUCAACAACACUUACCAACAGUCCUGCGACGCAAUUAAGACCAAGCCUGUAGCAACAAAAGGCUACAGCCCAACUUACCUACAAGAAGUGGCCAAAAAUGUUAAAGAAAAACUGACAGAAUUUGAAUCAGAGAAGAAAUAUUCAUUCAAGAAGGAGUUUACAGUUGACAUCUUGUUGUAUGUUUUUGAAAUGUUGGGGAGAUGGCUUUUAGAUUCUCACCAAACAUUUAAAAAGAACAAUUACGCCCUCACUUACCUGAACAACAAUAAACCACAAUAUUACAAUGUUUUCAGAAGCUUCUGCAAAGGAAACUCAUCUGCUGUUGUGUUUGGAGAAAUGAUCUGUGACAAACUGAAGGUUUCCACUGUUGAGGCUGUUUGUAACAAGACCGCCAUUGCUCUCGCUGGAGAGAUGAAGUGCAGUUUCCCAGCAUUCAAUGGGAACAGGUUGGACUUGGAGAAACAUGUGCUGAAAUCACUUGCAGAGAAAGAAAAGUUUGAUGAUUUCAUCAACUACAUCCGACAUCCAAGGAGGCAAGUAGAGGCUUUUAUAAAAGAAGAAGUCAAGAAAUACAUCUUCAGAGAACACAGUGGUAAAGCUCAGAAUAUACUGAAGAAAAACGUUCAUGACAUCAGUCAGCUUGUGAGAAAAGCUUUAUUUGAAGCAACAACAAAAGUCAAAACCCAGGGAGGAGGCACAGAGAUGUGGGUGAAGGAAUUUUCCUCUUACCUCAAGGAUGAGCUGCCACUUGAUACCAUUUGUUGUCAAAACUUCAGUGACAUAAACAACUUUGACUUUCUUAAAGAAGAGAUAGAGAAAGGUCUGGUUAACAUCAUUGAGGAGAUGAACCACCUCUCCCUGGAUAAGAUGAAGGAAUUCAGGCUGAGACCUGAUCAAAUCCUCAUUGAUCAGCUGUGUAAGUGCUGCUGGGUGAAGUGUCCAUUCUGUGCAGCUGUUUGCACCAACACCCUGGAAGACCACAGUCCUGAGGACCACAGUGUCCCUUUUCACCGAUCAUCUGCAGUCAAUGGUGUACACUACAGACACACAGACAUAAUGGAUGUUGAUUUCUGCACAACAAAUGUUGCAAGUGAUAUGAGAUUUUACCCCAAUGAAACUGAAAACACCAUUCCUUACAAACAGUAUAGAACUGCUGGACCAAGGUUUGCUAACUGGAGAAUCACCCCUGAUGAGUCAAAGUUGAAAUACUGGACAUGGUUUGUGUGUCGAUUUCAAAAAGACCUGGAAGACUACUAUAAGUUAAAAUUCAAGGACAUAGGUGAAAUUCCCAGCGAGUGGAGAACACACACAAAAGAAGAGGCAAUUCAGAGUCUGGAUGAAAUGUUCAAACUGUGAGUGAAACUACACAAUUACAACUCUACUGAAAGUCCUAACAAUUGUUUUCCCGUGAUUUUUCACAAAGUAAAAUCUUCUAAAAUGACGUGCAAAUAAAAUGUCCUAAAUGUGGACAGUCAACAAAUCAUCAAAUACUGUAGGUGAUUAGAUUAGGCUCCAGAAACCUGUUUGCCUCAGUGAAAAGAAAACUGAUCAGGAGAGUAACACACAAAUAUACGAUGCCAACAUCAGACCACUGUGUCAAAGUUGUUCAGCUACAAUUUAUGGAAAUAAAACAAUAUGUUUUUCAGUAAAGUUGUUAAAUGUUAAAUGUGUUAUUAUAUUUGAUUAAAUCUAAAUAUUUGGAUUUAGUAGUUUUUUUUUUGUUUUUUUUUUUUGUCUAGACAUCAUUGUCAAAAUUGAAAUUUGAUUGAAUGAAAAUUACAUUUAUUUUUCAGUUUCAGUUUUGUUAAGUAGUUCGAAAUCAAAUCAACCUAAAAUUCUUUCUUUCUUUUAAAUUUUUAUGUUUGUUUUAAACAUUGUUUUUUCAUGUAUUUGUUAACCGUUUUAUUAACCUCGUUUUACACAUUUUGGUUUUUAUAUGUAAUAAUCUUGCAAACAAUCUAUAAUCUAAAUGCAAACAAUGAAAGUUACACAAUAUCUGUAGAAAACAUAAUCCAACACAAAUCACUUGUAAUUUUGACCUUUCGUGCUCCAAUAAUAAAACAAUAUAACUAGUUCAUAUCUUCUAAAACACCAGGUUUGUUUGUGUUCCUGACAAAUUCUCAGGGUUAAAGACGAUUCAGCAACUUUAAACAUUUGACUUCUUUUUUUCUGAGUAUUCUAUUAUACACCACAGUGUCUUUAUGCCAUUUACAGCUUUUAACAUUUAAGAGAUGUUUAAUAGUUUCAGGAAUAUUUUAACUGUGUUAUAUUAACGUUUUAGUUUUUCUUGUUCUUUAUUAUAAUCUUGCUUAGUUUGGAAUGAAUUUAAAUUAAAAUGUAUAAAAACUUUAAUAAUAUAGUGAAUCAUUCAUUAAGGCCACUAACACAAAUAAUGUUAUGAGUGAAAAAAAAGAUCCUUUGGAUUUAUUUCAUUUUAAUGUGUACAUUAAUCGUAUUGUGUUCAACUGACAUAAGUUUCUCUUUCCUCCCUCACUAAAUUAUUGCUUGUCCAACCAAAGUAUUUCAAUUACAUUAAAAUUGUUUGAAAGAUGUCAAACAUGUUGAUUCAACACAUUUUUUAAGUUACUGUUAACACCAAUUUAUUAUGUGAGGUUAAAGUGCUUUCAUCACCUCCAGGGUACCUGAUCUUCAACCAUUACUCCAAAUUGAUUUCUUAAUGGCAGUUGUUGGAGGCAAUUUUUUGUGUUUAAUUAUUUUAUAAUUUAGAUGAUUUCCUGUAUUCGAUAUGGGACGUCUAAGUUAUGGUUUGGGGUAUGAGAGUGAUCAUUUGAUUUAUCUAUGUUUAUGUGUUUAGCUGUUCUGAUUUAAUUCAGAUUUGUAGCAGCUGUGGAAGGAGGAAGAGGCGUGUUCAGUGUUUUGUUUAUGUUUAGUUUAAAAGCAUUUUUGUUGUUCGUUUUGAUUUUAAAUAAACAGAAAAAGAGAAAA